AUGGACCUGAACUCGGUUUUCAAGCAGCAGCUAGAUUUGUAUGAAUUGCUGGAUUUUCGAGUUAAAUCCCCCGAUGACUUAGUCAAGUUGACUGCUUUCCAAAUCAAGCGGAAAUUUAGACAUCAAGCUCUAAAAUAUCAUCCUGACAAAAACAAAGGAAACCCUGAUGCGGCAUUGAGAUUCCAUCUUGUGGACGAGGCUGCUAAGCUUUUGAGCAAUUCAACGGCGAAAAAGGCCUACGACUCCUGGUAUAUCGGGAACUUUUUGAAACGACGCAAAGCUGAUGAACAUAUAGAGCUGCAAAGGGCGAAGCUGCAUGCACGAGAGAGGGCUGCUUCACCCAAAACACAGGGAACUUUUGAUCUUGCGACGUAUGAAGAGUAUGGUCAUUUACUGCGAAAACUCAAACACUUCGAGGUUCCUUACGGCGACUGGCGCAAUUUCGAUAAAAAUCCUAGUUCUCCCAAACACAAGUUACAAGAGUCGAGUACUCUGCGAUUAGAGCUCUCUAACAACAAAAUACUGCGAAACAAGGACCAUCUGAUAGACCUAUUGAGCGAAGAGUUUCAAGCAACUGUUUUCAAUUUAUACUACUCGUCGAGAAACGACUACGCAAAUGACAGCUUUAUCGUUGCAUAUGCUAGCUUCAACAACAUUCAGGACACUUUACGCAUUGUGAAGACUUGGAAUACAAAUAAAAGCUCUAACUCGACUCGAGGCGCCCUGUGGAGCCACCUGGAGGAUAUUUCACCCAAAGUAGACCCGUCAAUAUUUUCCUUCAAGCACAAGACUGAUCUCCAUCCGGCAAUACAACAAAGACUAGCCAACGAAGCAGUACAGAUCGAUUGA